AUGCAACGUUACGUGCCUCGGCUGGCCAAUGGACAAUUGGUGCCUUUAUCCUGGCCCCUGGCUUUGUAUCGUCGACUGAAUCACAUUACCUGGCCCCUGGAGCCAUCAGCCAGUCGAUGGGCACAUGGCUUGGACUACCUGCUCGCUAUUUGUGGCUGCCUGAUAUUUGUGCUGACAAACGAUGCGGAGUUGCGUUAUUUGCGUCAGAAGCAGAACAAUGUUGAUCAAUUGCUAACUGGGAUGCCCACCUACCUGGUGUUGGUGGAGUCACACUUACGUGGCCUGUACACGGUGCUGCAUUGGGCGGAGCAGCAUUGGCUGAUGCAUCAGUUUUAUGCCGAUAUCUAUAUAGAGCGCGAUAGAGAGCCACAAAUUUUCAAGGAAAUUGAAAGACAAAUGCUACCCAGUCGUCUGGUGGCUAUUAUGUAUUUAGUUGCGCUGUCGGGCUUUCUCCUGGUACCGAUAAUGUGUCUUGUUUAUCGGCGACAGGACUUCUUAUAUGCCAUGGUCUUUCCCUUCGAUACGACACCGCUCUGGCUCUUUGUGCCGCUCCUGAUAAGCAACAUUUGGGUGGGAGUUAUCAUUGAUUCGAUGAUUUUUGGUGAAACAAAUUUGCUUGGCGAGAUGAUGAUGCAUUUGAAUGCGCGCUAUUUACUGCUGCAACGCGACCUGCAAUUGAGUGUGGACCGCAUCCUGGCGAUGCGCCAGAGGCCGCAUAUGGCGCACCAACUGCGUCAGGCAUUAACCGAGCUGUUGCGACGCAAUGUGGCGCUCAAUCAUUUUGCCGAACGAUUGGAGAAGGUGUACAAUAUACGGGUUUUCAUUAUUUUCUCGUUCAGCUCCGGCUUACUGUGUGCACUCAGCUUCAAGACUUAUACGAAUCCCGCUGCCAAUUACACCUAUGGCAUGUGGUUUGUGUCGAAGACUUUGGAGCUGCUUGCUUUUGGUCAAUUGGGUUCCAAUCUGGCGCAUACGACGGACUUGUUAAGCAGCAUGUAUUACGAAUCCAAAUGGGAGCAGGUGAUGUAUCUCUCAACCAAUACUUGCGAGAAUGUGCGUCUCUUGAAGCUUGUUGUUGUGGCCAUUGAAGUAAAUGCCAAGCCCUUCUAUGUCACUGGCCUCAAAUACUUUCGUGUCAGUCUAAUUGCUGUGUUGAAGAUACUGCAGGCUGCCUUUUCCUAUUUCACAUUUCUCACUUCAAUACGCUGA